AUCAGCGUGUCACAGUUCAGAGAAUCGGCGCCACGUUUCCUGAUGAAGAGACGAGGCGGACGGAGAGUUUAAUGAAGGAAGCAGCUGAUCCAAUGUUCUCCAAUCAGAAGGCUCGAUACUGCUAACGAGGAAGAUGUUAACAACAACAAUGAAAAGGCUCGUUACAGAGAAACAACAAACAUGGAGUGAGGACGGACACAGGAAGCUCCUCAUGUACAGAAACUGUCUGGACUGGUCAGAGGUCUCAGGAGGUCCGACCUGACCCAACCCGAUCCAGUAUCUGGGUCUGAGACGUUAGCAGCAGAUCCUUCAAGUCCUCAUUGAUCAGACCUGUCUGGACCCGAGGUGACCCGGCAGAACAUCUGCCUCUCCGCCACAUGAAGGCACUGUCUGGUGGAGGCUGUUUGAUAUGUCUCUGGGUUUGGCCUCAGCUUCCCCCUCACCUGUCUGAAUGCUUCACCACCACCUGCUUACUCCACCCAGACUCCACCAGACAUUGCUCCGUCACCACAGAGGUAACGUGUGCUACAACCAACUCUUUGAGCUUCACUCUUUGACCUCUGAUCUUUCCUCUGACUCCGUCAGCUGUCCAUACUCAUCUGCUCAGAUUCAUUCAUUAAUGCCUCCACCACCAGCCCUCCAGCAGCCCUGCACCACCCGGACACCUGCAUCUUCACUUAGUUCUGUUGGUUGGUGUUCUUCAAGUAAGAGACUCACCUGUCCGAGAGAAGACCUGACCUAUCAGACCAGAACACCUUCUUCCAUGGCUCCGUGGUCCGGUUCUGAUGCUCAUUGUUGGGUCUUUCAGCAUGGACACCCUGACUGGUCUGUGAUGGACUGUGUUCUGACAGCUUUCUAUCAGAACCAGUCUGUUGGAUCAGACCACAUGGGCCAGCCUUCCUUCCAGACCUCCAUCAGUGACGCUGACUCCGGUCUUUGGACCUCUUUGGAUCGGUACUGACAGCUGCAGACCAGGAACACCGACCAAGUCAGGCUGUCACAGUUUGGUUCUGGUCGAAGUCGCUGGUCACUCAGACCACGCCCCCCCUCCUCCAGCUGGUCAUGUGACCUCGGUCCUCUUCAGGGUCUUUAAAUCAGUCGCCAACCCGUCAGAUGGCGAGAGACAAGUGAGAGUUACCGCGACAACGACGACAGGAUGUUUGGCUCGGUGCUGCUCUAUUAUUGGUCCUUCAGUCUGCUGCGUCUUUCUUCUUCGUUGGUUCAUGGAAACAUUCAGCUCGAUGACGGUCCGGCUGCCGGCCACCGCGCUGAAACGUCGUAUCUGUCUGACAUUGAGAGAAGCCACGCCCCCGACCCUGUGCAUGACCCCGCCCUCAUACCUGUUGACUCGGUGGAGGAUCACUUCCUGAUGGAUGCAGGGUCCUAUGAUGAGGACUCGUCAGCAGCGCUGCAGCUGCAGGGUCGGGCCAUGCGCUCGCCUCGCCGCUGCAUACCCCACCAGCAGUCCUGUCUGGGUUACCCGCUGCCCUGCUGCGACCCCUGUGACACCUGCUACUGCCGCUUCUUCAACGCCAUCUGCUACUGCCGCCGAGUCGGCCACACCUGCCUGCCCAGACGCACCUAACCACGCACCUGAUGAUGCACCUAACGACCCUGUCAAGAAACAUGUUGAUGCAUGAUGCUGUUGUUCAUGUUGGAUGAAAUCUGCUUUUUGUGUAAUAAAAUGA